UUCAGCUUGGAAUCCAAAGCUCUCGGUUGCCAUUUGAUGGAUGAAUAUCUAAGUGGAAAAGAUGGGAAUGCUAGAAACGUACACAUUCCAGAACAUUCUAUCACUUCCCUUUUACAGUACAACUUCGACUAUCCUAAUGUCCGACUACGAAAGCAUCUUGGAUUGAUCGAUGAAAUGAAGUGCUUUUUCGGCAAGAUCGUUGUGACUCAAGUCCGACCAUCAUGAAGUACUUUUCAACCCGUGGAGGUUCAGCAGAGCUCUCCUUCGAGGAGACAGUCCUUGCUGGCCUCGCCCCGGACGGUGGACUCUACAUCCCCGCAUCCAUUCCACAGCUCCCAGCUGAUUGGCAGCAGGCCUGGGCCAACAAGUCUUUUCCAGAGCUCAGCAUCGAGAUCCUCUCCCUCUUCAUCUCCUCAGACGAAAUCUCCCAAACAGAUCUUGCAGCCCUCGUCCAUGCAACAUAUAAUGAUUCUGCAUGGCGCCAUCCCGAAAUCACACCGCUCAAACCACUCUCCACUGACAAGCCUUGCAGCAAGUACAUCCUCGAGCUCUUCCAUGGUCCUACCUAUGCCUUCAAGGAUGUCGCACUCCAACUCCUGGGCAACCUUUUCUCCUACUUCCUCCAGCGCCGCAACAAAGCAAAGUCUCCUGGAGGGGAGAGGGAAAAACUUACCGUCGUAGGCGCGACGAGUGGUGACACAGGGAGCGCUGCCAUCUACGGGUUGCGCGGCAAGCCUGAUGUGUCCAUAUUCAUUCUGCAUCCUAAGGGUCGCGUCAGUCCUGUCCAAGAAGCUCAGAUGACUACUGUCACAGAUCAAAACGUACAUAACCUUGCUGUGAAGGGAACGUUUGACGAUUGUCAGGACAUCGUCAAAGCCCUCUUCGCUGACACUGCCUUCAAUGCAAAACACCACCUAGGUGCCGUCAACAGCAUAAACUGGGCACGCAUCCUCGCCCAAACAGUUUACUACUUCCUCUCCUACUUUGCCAUCCGCCGCACCCUUCCUACUGACGCUGAACUCCAAUUCAUCGUCCCAACCGGUAACUUCGGCGACAUCCUUGCAGGCUAUUUCGCCAAGCGCAUGGGUCUGCCAAUGGCUAAACUUGUCAUCGCCACCAAUGCCAACGACAUCCUCACACGCUUCUGGAAGACGGGGCGGUAUGAGAAGGUGGACUCGAGUCUCUCAUCGGCGGAUGUGGGGGGCGUGGUAGAGACACUCUCGCCCGCCAUGGACAUCCUCGUGUCGAGCAAUUUUGAGCGCCUGCUGUGGUAUCUCGCCUUCGAGGAUGUACAGAACACCAACCCCGGAGGGGAUAUCCGUGAGAAGGCCUGCCAGACAGUGAAAAACUGGAUGGACAAUGUCAAGUCUAUAGGGCGCAUCGUCGUGCCAGAUUCAGUGCUCGAACUGGCGAGGAGGGAUUUCACGGCCGAGAGAGUCGAUGAUAGCCAGAUCCGCCAAACGAUCCGGGAGUACUACACCUCCGCGCAAUCUUACACCGCAGACCCACACACUGCAGUAGGGCUGCACGUCGCAGGUGUACUCUCGCCCCCACCCAACACGAUCCAAAUCAUCCUCUCCACCGCGCACCCCGCAAAGUUUUCCGAGGCGGUCACGAGCGCGCUGCAUGGCGUGCCAGGGUUCGACUUUGAUGCGGUGCUUCCUGAGGCGUUCAAGACGCUACUGACGAUGGAGCGCCGCGUGAUUGAAGUUGAAAGGCCUGAUGUGGAGCUUGUGAAGGGUGUCGUGGAACGAUUUGCGGUAGUGUGAGCGUGUCGGUGGGGUGCCUGAGAGUGGGUGAUCAAAAACAACGCUUGUUGUGCAAAAGAAAGGCUCAUCUAGAUGCGGGUCCUGUAUACCAGUGAUAGUAAAUGUGCAUUAUCAAUAUAGGAAGGAGGGUGUCCUCCCCCCUUUCAAUAUUUGAGUUAUCUUCACCGGUUUCAACUUUCUGCACGGGUUUGUCCACGGUUAAUCAGACCCAGUGAAAACCCAACAUGACGAGGUUGGGUGAAAUGUGAUAAUCUCGUAAUUACAUAAUAUGAAAAAUGAUGAGUUCUG